AUGGCUACCGAGAAGAAGGACAAGCUGGAACCGCAAAUCAAGUCCGUUGACAUGUCGGAAGACAUGCAGCAAGAGGCUGUUGAAGUUGCUAUUGAGGCAAUGGACAAGUACCACAUUGAAAAGGACAUUGCUCAGUACAUCAAGCGAGAGUUUGAUUCUCGCAAGGGCGCGACGUGGCACUGCGUCGUUGGAAGAAACUUUGGCAGCUUCGUUACACACGAAACGAAGCACUUUAUCUACUUCUAUCUCGGACACUGCGCAAUCCUCCUUUUCAAGACGCAAUAA